AUGCCCAUCCACAGACAUAUAAAAAAUGUCGUUCACAAUUAUACAGAUGCUGAAAGAAAGGUUCGUGAAGCUACAUCGAACGAUCCAUGGGGUCCUAGCAGCACUUUAAUGGCCGAAAUAGCUGACAAGACUCAUAAUGUUAUGGCAUUCACGGAAAUAAUGCAAAUGAUUUGGAGAAGGCUCAAUGAUAAGAGUAAAAACUGGCGACAUGUUUACAAGGCUCUUGUUCUUUUGGAAUACUUGUCAAAGACUGGUAGUGAUAAGGUCGCUACUCAGUGCCGAGAAAAUAUCCACUCAAUAGAAACAUUGAGAGACUUUGAGUGUGUUGAAGAUGGGAAAGAUCGUGGUAAGAAUGUCCGUGAGAAAGCUCGUCAUUUGAGUACGCUUCUUAGAGAUGAGGAACGUUUGCACGAAGAACGUACAAAGGCUCUACUAGCACGUGACCGUUUGAUGCAUGGGGGUUUGGGAACUACGGCUUCUGCUGGAGAUUCACCGGUUAAAUAUGGUGUCCCACCAUCUGGUCGUAGUAGCUAUCCUAUUGGAUAUUCUGGCUCCAACUAUUUUGAAAAAGGAACCUUGCCUUCAAAAUCUGUUUCUCAUGCCGCAACUGAAUUAGAUUCCGUUAGACCUCAGUCUGCCGGAGAAGAACAAUUACAUCUUCAACUUGCUCUGGCUAUCAGUAAAGAGGAACAUGAUCGAGAAGAACGGCGUAGACGAGCUGAAGAAGCUAAAGAAGAAGCCAAAGUACAAAUGGUAAUAGAGCAGAGUCGUAGAGAAGAACAGAAGGAUAAGUCAGGUAAACAUUCAGUUUCCAAUAUUCCUUCUGGAUCUAGUAGUGCCUUUGAGCCACCAAGUUGUGCUCCUAGUGGUGGAUUAUUCAAUUUAGUUGAUACUUCUUUAUCAGUUGCACCAGCUCAUUUACCGGAUCCAUGGUCUGCUCCUUUAGCAGUUCCGAGCAGUUCGUUAAAUAAUAAUACAUCAUCACCUUCUCCAUCCACAUCAUUUAAUAAUACCAAUAUACCACAGUCAACUUUUCCACUUAUCCCUAUUGAUGAUCCUUGGAGCCCGAAAAAUCAACCAAAUAUUCCAACACAUUCUACAACAAGUAAUUCCGAUGAAAUGUGGAAUUUGGAAUCAACCUUAGGUGCUACAUUACCGUCCACUUCUAAUACAAACACCGAGUCAGUUAUUUCUAACCAUCAUCAUCAUACCAACAGUGGUAGCAAUCUCAAUAAUAACAAUGGGCAUUUUGAUUUUGAUUUGAAUGGGACUUCAAAUAAUAUGAAUGAUCACUUUCCGCAGCAGUUUCAACAGCAGUCCACUUUUCAAAAUGCACAAACAUCUUUAACUAUAGAACAACAACAACAUCAAGAACAACAGACUGUACGUAAACGAACUCCUGCUGACUUUUUAGGUGAACAUCAGAAAUUAGUUGACUUGGAAAAGCUGAUUGAAAAAAAUCCAGCUUCUACAAAUCCAUUCACUGUUGGUUCGAAAUCUGUAACUGGUGCAGCUUGUAAUCCAUUUAUACCUAAUCAGUCAUUGAAACCAUCACUGAAUCAAUUGGCACCAGCACCGGCACCUCUGUCAGGUCCAAUUUAUCAUAACACAAUGAAUAAUCCAAUGUUCUAUCAAGUUCGACCAUAUUAUCCUGCUAGUGGUUCGGUCGCAACAGUACAACCCAGUUAUAUGGUGCCGAUCAAUACUGCAAGUGCAUGGUCCGUUAUUGAUGGCUCUGGAAAUAAUAUGAUGCAUCAACAACAGACAAGUAGUUUAAAUCCAUUUUAUUAA